CCUUCCGGAUCCUGCCCCUCGCGCGAGCCAGGAACCCCGCGGUCGCGGGCUAUUGCAGUUCCAAUUCCAACGGACAGCAAUGUGGCCAAGUCAUCCAGCCCAAUACAAUGUUACAUCUCUUGCUGAUCCUCUCCAGCCUGGGCCCGCUGGCAUCCGCGGCCCCGAGUUCUGAAAUGCCACUUCUGUACCUCACAGUGCCGCAGAGGGUUGGGCUGAACAGCAGCCAAGGCUAUCCUCCCGAAACUCACGUCACUUACUUUCUCAAAAUUGAGGACAAGUUUCACACUCUGCUUCUUGAAAAACAGUCGUUUUUACCCCCCUAUUUCAUGGUGUAUUCAUACAAGUCAGGAACACGGAGCACAUUUUCUCCAGUAAUAAAGGAUCAGUGCUUUUACCAAGGAUAUAGUAAAGAGUUUCCAAAAUCCGCCGUAACACUGAGCAUCUGCUCUGGACUCAGAGGAUUAUUGCAGUUUGAGAAUGUCAGUUAUGGGAUUGAACCACUGGACAGUUCAGCUAAUAACGAGCAUAUAGUUUUUCAAACGAAGAAUAAUAAAAUUGGUUAUCCACUUUUCCAAAAAAAUCACCUUACAAAUCAAUAUGUAAGCAGUUCUUACAGGAUUCUGGUCAAAUCAGAGGGAAUUUCAGAUACUAGCUUACGGAAAACAACGCUAAAAAUGAAAAUCAUUAUGGAUAAAGCCAUGUAUGACGUUAUGGGCUCGGAAGAAGAACUUGUGGCUGAAAAAGUUAUCCGUAUCUUUAGUCUCAUUAAUUCUAUGUUUUCUCAGUUUAAAAUAACUGUUAUGCUGUCCACUCUGGAGCUCUGGUCAGACAAAAAUAAGAUCUCAACAAAUGGAGAUGCUGAAGAAAUACUAAAAAGAUUUCUGUCUUGGAAACAAAAUGAUCCAUUUCAAAAUCCCCAUGAAAUGUCCUACUUAUUUAUUUACAGGGACUAUGCUACAUUUGUGGGAACAACAUAUCAUGGAAUGGCGUGUGAUCCAAAGUUUGCUACAGGAGUUGCUCUGUAUCCAAACAUGGGCACUUUAGAGGCAUUUUCAGUCGUUGUGGUACAAUUGCUUGGAAUUAAUCUGGGAUUAACAUAUGAUGACAUCUACAAUUGUUACUGUCCAGGACCUAUGUGCAUAAUGAAUCCUGAAGCAAUACUAUCCAGUGGUAUAAAGUUCUUUAGCAGCUGCAGCAUGGAGGAAUUUAAACAAUCAGUGUCACUGCCUAAAUUUGAAUGUCUUCAGUAUAAAGAAGUUCCAACAGUGGUUUUCCAAGGAAAAUCUGGAACUUGCGGCAAUGGAAUUCUGGAAGGAUCAGAGCAGUGCGAUUGUGGCGUUGGAGAGUCAUGCAGUCACAAAAAAUGCUGUAAUCCUGUGGAUUGUACUCUGAUUGGAUUUUCCGAGUGUGGCACUGGACCAUGCUGUGACGCAAAAACUUGCCUGAUAGCCAAUAGAGGAAAACUAUGCAGGAAAAGCACAGAUCCAUGUGAUUUUCCAGAAUUCUGCAAUGGAACAUCUGAAUUUUGUGUACCUGAUGUGAAAUCAGCUGACUUAGAACCAUGCAACAAUAAGACUGCCUUCUGCUUUAAAGGAAGAUGUCGAGAUCGAGAUAGACAAUGUUUAGGGAUAUUUGGAGAGUUUGCCAAGAGUGGGACAUAUCUGUGUGAAGAAGAACUCAAUUUUCACAAUGACAAAUUUGGAAGCUGUCGAAGACAAUGUAACUAUAAUUUUGUCCUUUGUGGAAAGCUAGCUUGCAGAUGGACAAAAGCAGUUUUAGCACCAUCAAAGGAAUAUGACGUACAAUAUACUUAUAUUAAUGACCAAAUAUGUGUGACUGCAUCACUAAGAAACGUAUCAAGGUCAGAUGAUACUUUUGUGGAACAUGGUUCUGUAUGUGGUGAGAAAAAGAUUUGUCUCAAUGGAGAAUGCAAAAUAUUAAAUGCUUAUGCUGAAAAACCCAACUGUGACUCACAAACACUUUGUCAGGGGCAUGGGGUUUGCAACGAACGACUUAAUUGUCACUGUGAUGCUGGAUACUCCCCUCCUAGAUGUGACGAAACAGCAUUUUCACCAGGCGGAAGUGUGGAUGACGGGUUUUGGCUGCCUACAAGUAAAAGCUUAUACUUCCCUGAAUCCUAUCAGGGUGCACCUAAGAAAAAUGGCCUUUUGAUUAGUUUCUACAUUUAUCUGCCACUCGUUGUUGUGAUUGCUGUCAUUGCUCUAAACUGGAAUAGAAGGAAGAGAUUCUGGCGCAGAGAAGAAACUUUGAGUAGAGGAUCAGUGUCAGAAGACGGUAAUAGUAGCAGCCUUCAGUCACAGAGUAAAAGCCACUAAGCAAGAACAUCAAAAACCAUAGACUGGAGAAAGGGUAUGACCAAGAAACUCACUGCUAACUACCCUGACUCAAGAUGAAUAACUAUGUCUGUUUCUCCUUUUGGUGUGGCUUCAGGCUUUCACUUUCAGCAACACAAAUAAACCCUGUGACUCAAA